CUAACGAAAUAGUCCCAGGAGCGGACGCCCAGGACAGAAAAGUCUCACAGUUCCUUCCACUGGGAUGAUUUCCAUUCAGCAUCAAUAGGCGCAGCGCCUCUGAUUAACUGCUCCGUUUUUAUUGAUAUACUAACUUAAUAUGGCAUUAAGAAUCACAGACUUGUCCAGUGCUGUUUUACUAGGAUGUGUUAUCAUUUUGACCACCGUGCUUUAUCCGGUUGACUCUUACCUCUACAACAACCGCUACUUCGGUGAUCAAGUGUUCAGAAUAAUCCCGAGCAGCGACGCAGAGGUUCAAGCAGUCAAACAGCUUUUCCAAAACCUAACGGUGGACCUUUGGCAGCCCAACAGCGCAUCUAUGAUUCAAGAGAACAGCACAGUAGACGUUCAUGUGGGUCGAAACAAGACGCAGUGGCUGAGAAGACAUCUUCAUCAAGCGCACAUCCAAUCUGAGGUGCUCAUUUCCAAUCUCCAAACUGAAAUUGAGAGACAGAUCGGCUACCGGUCUUCCAGGAAGCGCAGAUCAGAAAUCCAGUAUGACUAUGAAGUGUACCAUCCUUUGGAAGAGAUCCAGAGUUGGAUGUUUGAGAUGAACCGGACACACCCACACCUGGUGGACCUCUUUUCUAUUGGUCAGUCCUAUGAAGGACGGCCCCUUUAUGUGCUCCAGGUAAAGGCUGAUGGGAAAAUUGACUACAUUUAUAAGAACACAAACACUCACACAUAUGGACUUACCAGACUGCAUUCUCUGUCCCUCUCCUGUCAGUUAGGAAAGAGAACACGUCGCUUUAAGAAGGCAGUGUGGAUAGACUGUGGAGUGCAUGCAAGAGAAUGGAUUGGGCCAGCUUUCUGCCAGUGGUUUGUGAAAGAGGCGCUGAACUCCUAUCAACACGACUCCAGCAUUAGACGAUUGAUGAAUCAGCUUGAUUUCUACAUUAUGCCUGUCUUCAAUGUGGAUGGUUACCAUUACAGCUGGAAGACGGAUCGCUUUUGGCGGAAAACUCGGUCAAAGAUUCCAAAGUAUCAUUGUCGGGGAGUGGAUGCCAACCGAAAUUGGAAAGUCAAAUGGUGCGAUGAGGGUGCAUCCCUGCACCCCUGUGAUGAAACAUACUGCGGUCCUUUCCCUGAGUCAGAGCCUGAGGUCAAAGCCGUUGCCAAGUUUCUACGCAAACACAGGAAACGGGUCAAAGCCUACAUCUCUAUUCACGCCUAUGCUCAGAUGCUCCUCUAUCCGUAUUCCUACAAGUACGCCACUAUACCAAACUUCAACUGUGUGGAAUCAGCAGCCCAGAAUGCAGUGAGCGCUCUCUACUCAGCUUAUGGAGUGAGAUACAGAUACGGCCCUGCCUCCACCACACUUUAUGUGAGUUCUGGAAGCUCAAUAGACUGGGCCUAUAAGAAUGGGAUCCCAUAUGCAUUCGCCUUCGAGUUACGUGAUACGGGCUACUUCGGCUUCCUGUUGCCAGAAGAACUGAUUAAUCCAACUUGCACAGAGACCAUGAGAGCAGUAAAGACCAUUGCUUCAGGCCUGCUGAAGAAAUGUACUAAAUGAAACUUUUUCUCUCUCCCUCUAUCAAUUUCACACCCAUAAGCCAUAGCAGUGUCUAUUAGCUAUGAACAAAUGUGCCUGUUUUCAAUUCCUUUUUGAUAAAUCAGUAACUAAGACUUAUUUAUUUUAUAAACUACUAUAAAAAAGCUCUACGUUAAACAAAAUGGUAUAAAUGUAAACAGUGAAGAUGUGCAAGCACUUGAAUUGUGAACUAAAAAGUGGAUUUUACUUUUGAGGGGCGAAUAUACAGUGAGCUUCAAAAAACAGUAAUGCCCAAAGAAUGUAAAUAAUGCAUAGUGUUAUCUUAAAAUGGGUUUAUUUUAAUGUAGACGUUGUGUAUCACUGCAGCUAAAAUACAGCUUUGAUUUUGUUUUGAAUGGAAAAGGUCAACUGGGAACUCUAAAAUGAGCAAGACAAGAAUACAUAAAAUUGCUGUUUUUGUUGUUUUGAAGAAAACUUAUUAAAGUAAUUGUAACGUGUAUAAUUAAUUGUACUUGCAAGAGCAAUGUUUACAUUUGUACUCUUACGUACUUUUACGUUUUGGAGUUUUAUUGCAAUAAGUCAGUAUUUAUUUCAGUGAAAACAUACAGUACUUUGUUAUAUACAGUAUAAAGUGUCUUGCAAGUUGGCAUUUAAGAUGAUUUUUGUAUCUUACUGUUUGUAUCUACCAGCAGGUAGAUUAUUAAAAGUGGUUUUAUGAUAACA